AUGAAAAAACAUUAACCUUUGUUUCAGAUUUACGCUUCCAUAUGCACCACUAACGAUCUUUAUUUAUUUAUUUAUUUAUUUCUUCUGUCUGUUUCCCAGAAAUUUUUCAUUUUUUUAUAGUUUCCCUUUCCAAAGAGACAAAUCCAUCUUAAAUCUCAAUCUGGGUCCUCAAGCUUCAGCAUCAGAUCCUUUGCUUCCUAUUCAGAUUUGAACUCUGCCCUUUUCCCUCUUCCCUGUUUCUCUUUCAAAGAAAUCACAUGGACAAGAAAGUUUAAAUCUUGAUUUUAUUGGAUUUCGAAGAUUGGGUUCUCUUCACUGGGAGCUUAUACUACAAUCCAGGGUGAACUGGGUGUUAAAUUCAACAUCCAGCAAGUGAAUUUCCUUUUAUGAGCCACGAUGGUGUUCAAAUCUAAGAUAAAAUGGGUUGCAUUAUUUGUUUUGACUUUAUCAUUGGGAUCGAUGGUGGCUCAUCUUUCAAUGACAAAGUUUUCAAGUAUGAAUUUAGUCCAGUAUAGCGCAAAAGAUGCUCUGAGCCAUGAUUUCUCUAACAUUUUAUCUCCUGGUGUCAUAAAUAAGAGGCUAUGGGGUUCUGUCAGGUCUCUGGAAUCUUUGCAGCCAUAUGCAAACCCAAGGAACAACUAUCCCGUUCCAAAUGAAAACAGUAAUGGUUUCAUCUAUGCAAAAGUAUUUGGAGGAUUCGAGAAGAUAAAAUCUUCGAUCUGUGAUCUUGUCACCAUAUCCAGGCUCCUAAAUGCUACUCUUGUAAUUCCAGAGAUACAAGAAAGUACUCGUUCAAAACAAAUCAGUUAUAAGUUCAAGAGUUUUUCCUAUCUUUACAACGAGGAGCAUUUCAUUGCAUCACUUAAAAAUGACGUGAAUAUCGUAAAAAGCCUACCUGAGCAUUUCAAGGCUGCAAGAAGAAACAAUGGCUUCCCUAUUUACAAGCCCAAAAAUUCAGCUUCUCCAAAUUAUUAUAUCAAAGAAAUUUUACCAAAAUUAAAGAAAGCCAAGGUUGUUGGGUUGAUUAUUACAGAUGGAGCGUGCUUGCAGUCAAUUCUUCCACCGAGUAUGUCCGAGUUUCAGAGGCUUAGAUGCAGGGUUGCCUUUCAUGCUCUCCAGUUUCGUCCUGAAAUUCAGAUCCUUGGCCGCCGAAUGGUGGAGAGACUACGCGCGUGGGGACAACCUUUCCUAGCGUAUCAUCCUGGUUUAGUGAGGGACACCUUGGCAUAUCAUGGCUGUGCUGAACUUUUCCAGGAUGUUCAUACAGAGCUUAUACAAUACCGAAGGGCACAGAUGAUCAGGCAGGGGAUCCUUACUGACGAACUAAAAGUUGACUCACACUUGCGCAGAGAAAAUGGCUCGUGUCCUCUUAUGCCUGAAGAGGUUGGACUUCUUCUUCUUGCUAUGGGCUAUCCUUCUAAAACAAUUAUAUACUUGGCAGGUUCUCAAACUUUCGGUGGUCAACGUCUUCUGAUCCCUCUACGUGCUAUGUUUGCAAACUUGGUGGAUCGGACUUCGUUGUGCAGCAAGACGGAGUUAUCAGACUUGGUUGGUCCUGAAACACCUCUUCCUUCAGAUACAUUUAAAGUACCCCAUCCAAAAAAUGAGGCAGAACUUAAAGAAGAGUGGAAUAAGGCUGGUCCACGGCCCCGGCCACUUCCUCCACCUCCUGAGAGGCGCAUAUAUCCACAUGAGAAAGAAGGCUGGUAUGCUUGGAUUACUGAGACUGACAAAGAACCAAGCCCGUCACCCAUGGAUCUUAGGAGACAAGCUCACCGGUUACUUUGGGAUGCCCUUGAUUAUAUAGUAUCUGUGGAAGCAGAUGCAUUCUUUCCCGGUUUUAACAACGAUGGUAGCGGAUGGCCGGAUUUCUCAGGGCUGGUUAUGGGACAGAGGUUAUACGAGAGGGCUUCUUCAAGAACUUAUCGACCAGACAGGAAAACUAUUGCUGCACUUCUCAACAGUACCCAUGAUAAUAUGUACCAUCCCAUCCGUAAUUGGACGCUCUCAGUUAAGGAACAUCUCAACAGAAGUUUGAGCAAAGAAGGCCUCAUCCGGCAAUCACUGUUGUCAAAGCCAAACUCUUUCCUAUCGCAUCCACUUCCUGAGUGCGCUUGUAGAAUUUCUUCUCUCGAAAACACGAAACCAGUAAAAGGCAAAGAUGGCAGGGUUUUAUAUGGAGAUGAACAUGAGUGCCCCAAAUGGAUGCAGUCAAGUGGGGCUGUAGGGGUUAGAAACGACGACACUGAAUCUGCUGAGGACGAUACUGAUGUGGUCGAACAGCAAGAACGUGAUGAUCCCGAUUACACGAGUAGCAUGAUGUCACUGAUCGAUCGUGAUGAAGAAUGGGAUCCUAAUGACUAAUUGGAUUUACAGUCGACACAUUCCUCUUUAUACCAUCAACCGAGGGAAUCAAGCAUACGUUGAAAUUCUUCUGGACUGAAUAUUUUCAGAGACACAGGGUAACAACUGAAACCAUGAUUUUAAUUCAUAGUUCCUAUAUAAUCUUUUUCAGACAAAUAAGGUAGAUUCAUUCAAGCAACCAGUCAUAGAAAGCCAAUGAGUUAUAUUUAUAUGGCUUACACAUCAAAGUUUUCUAACAUAAGAACAGUGGAAACAUAAGUUUAUUUACCUUUUGUUUCUUUACUCUUGUUAAAAGAGUGUAAAUCUGCAUAGAGAAAGGAUGUCAAUUAGAUGGUUCUGUUAUGACAAUUCUUUUAUUAUGGAUUAAUUGCAUUUUUGUUCUU